AUGAUAAAGGCUGUAAUGGUGAAGUGCUAUCUGCUCUGUUUACUAACUCUUACACUGUGUUGUGCUUCUGGGUUAGUAUGGGCUGAUAGUCCUAAAGAUUCUGAUGCCCUUAUUAAACCCUCUACUGUUGGAGGUCCUUCUCUUGUUCAUCGUGCCAUUCCUGCCCAGGAGAAUGAAAAUUGGUUGCUGCAUGAACAUGAGGACGAAGAUGGAGACCAAGCAAAUGUUAUUAAGGUACAUGGGUCUGAACGUUCUUCUGGUUCCUCUCAAGUGGAGCCAGACAAGCAGCAGAUUCCUCCUCCGCCAGGUUCUUUUAAUUCUCGUCCCGAUUUGGGACCAAAUAGACCAGGUCUUUCAACGGAUCCUGGAAGUCCGGUAAAUAGAUCACCUGAUGAACAGAAUUCUCAAAUAAGUAGUGGUCAUGAAAAAACACAGGAAGAAGACCAAUUGACAAGAUCACCAAAGAAAGAAGGCGAUCCAAGCAAGGAACAACAGGUAACUGCUGGUCAGACUGAAACGUCAGCUGAACGGGUAUCCAAUAUUGGUGGCCAAGGGGGUUCGCAAUUGCCUGAAUUGCCAGAAAAACAACAAGAACAACAACAAGAACAACAGCAAGGUGCAGCCACUCAGGAUUCCCACACUCCAACAAAUACGGUGGAUACAACAAAAGGGAAAGGAAGUACUGACGGUAACAGAACUUCUGUUGCUACAACUGAUAAAACAUCUGAAAUUUCUCCCAACAAUUCCGAAGUAAAGAAUGCUGACGGUUCUGAUGCUGCAAAUACGGAGAGUGACGUUACCUCUUCAGGGAGUGUGUCAUCAAAUAAGCAAGAAGGUGAUGCAGUAAAUACAGAUACACCCACUACUACCACCACUACAACAGCACUUCCUCCUGAACUCACAAACAACAAGAAGGGUGAUGCAGACAGCAGCAGCAGUAUCAGCAGUUCUGUGUGGGUGCGUGUACCACUACUGAUUGUGUUUACACUGGCCUGUAUUGUUGUGUGCUGA